ACCCAUUGGUAUAUAAACAUAUUCAUCCUUCCCUUGUGCUCCAUUACUCACUCCUCCGUCAUCACCACUUUCAAUUUAUCUAACCACUUCCCCAAAAGUGUGUGGCCGCUCCCCCCAAUUUCCUAUUUAUAUCGAGGACAAUCAAGGGUUUUUAUUACUUGACCACCAUUAACAAAUAAUUACCGCCUCGACUCAGAUCGACCCAGGCUCAACUUCCUUACUACUCAUUGCUGUCCGAAAAAAAAAACACCUUCGACAUGGCUGGUGGUGCUGUCGUUGUCCAGGGCUCGCCCGACCCUAACCGGGUCGAAGCUCCUGUCACCAUCAAGGCAUACUGCAUGUGUGCUUUUGCCGCGUUCGGCGGUAUCUUCUUCGGCUAUGACAGUGGUUACAUCAACGGUGUGAUGGGAAUGUCCUACUUCAUCCAGCAAAUCGAGGGUCCCGGCGCAACUGCCCUCACCGGUGACCACAAGUCGCUCAUCACUUCUAUCCUGUCCGCUGGUACUUUCUUCGGUGCUCUAAUUGCUGGUGAUCUUGCCGAUUGGACUGGACGUCGUACUACCAUCGUCGGAGGCUGCAUCAUGUUCCUCAUCGGUGUCGCUCUACAGACUGCCUCCGCCGGUCUAUCUCUCAUCGUAGCUGGCCGUCUCGUCGCCGGAUUCGGUGUCGGUGCCGUUUCCGCCAUCCUUAUCCUGUACAUGUCGGAAAUCGCACCUCGCAAAGUCCGUGGUGCUCUCGUUUCCGGAUACCAAUUCUGCGUCACCGUCGGUCUUCUUCUCGCCUCAGCUAUUGACUACGCCACCCAGGACCGACAGGACAGCGGCUCCUACCGAAUCCCCAUCGGCCUCCAGAUGCUGUGGGCCAUCAUCCUCGGCGUCGGUCUGUGCCUCCUCCCCGAGUCCCCGCGAUACUUCGUCAAGAAGGGCAACCUCGACAGGGCUGCCAGCGCCCUCGCCCGCCUCCGCGGCCAGUCCGUCGAGUCCGAGCUCAUCCAGGACGAGCUCGCCGAGAUCAUCGCCAACCACGAGUACGAGCUCUCCGUCGUCCCCGAGGGCGGGUACUGGGCCACCUGGCUCACCUGCUUCAGCGGCUCCAUCUGGAAGAGCAGCAGCAACCUGCGCCGAACCAUCCUCGGAACCUCGCUGCAGAUGUGCCAGCAGUGGACCGGUGUCAACUUCGUCUUCUACUUCGGCACCACCUUCUUCAAGCAGCUCGGCACCAUCCAGAACCCGUUCUUGAUCUCGCUCAUCACGACCCUCGUCAACGUCUGCUCGACCCCGAUCUCGUUCUGGAGUAUGGAGAGAGUCGGCCGCCGCCCCCUGCUCAUCUGGGGUGCGCUCGGCAUGGUCAUCUGCCAGUUCAUCGUCGCCAUCAUUGGUACCGUCACUAGCUCCGACAGCGCUGUCAAGGCCAUGAUCGCCUUCAUCUGCAUCUACAUCUUCUUCUUCGCUAGCACCUGGGGCCCCGGAGCCUGGGUCGUAAUCGGCGAGAUCUACCCCCUGCCCAUGCGCGCCCGCGGCGUCGCCCUCUCGACCGCCAGCAACUGGCUCUGGAACUGCAUCAUCGCCGUCAUCACGCCGUACAUGGUCGACGAGGACAAGGGCAACCUCGGCGCCAAGGUCUUCUACAUCUGGGGCGCGCUCUGCACCACCUGCUUCGUCUACGCGUAUCUCCUCAUCCCCGAGACCAAGGGCCUGACCCUCGAGCAGGUCGACCGCAUGCUCGAGGAGACGACGCCCCGCACCUCGGCCAAGUGGGUCCCGCACUCCACGUACGCUGCGGACAUGGGAUUCACGGAUAAGGCGGCGGUUACGAAUGUCGAGAACACGACGAAGGAGGAGGUCGUUUAAGAGAAAACGAGCUUCCCUAGCCCCUACUCCUGUUCCUACGAUACCCCCUACAUUACUCUACGAUACCUCCCCCAACCAAAAGAAAAAAAAAGAACGAAAAAACAGCUAGCUAUAUCUGCCCACGCACUAAUGAAGCGCGGGAGACGGAAAAGAUGCAGACGGAAAAAGGGCAAGCUCCGGAUAACGAGCUUGGCUGACUGCAUCAUGGCCUGCCCAGCUGGCUAACAUAUAUAGGUACCGUGGCAUCGGCUUCGGUACACACACACUUACGCGUUGAUUUACGAUGGCCUUGACGAUUAAUUGAAACAUUUACAUAAUGAUUUUGAGAUGAGAUGUGUGUGUAUUUGUUGGUGAUUGUGAUGUAUGAGUAUUAUGUAUAUGAUAUGAUUAUUGUGAGUGAUGUAAGUGAGAGUGAUGUGAAUGAUAUCUAUAGAUAGAUAGAUACAAAGCAGCUUCGCAGAUCUUGUG